AUGACGCGUUUCGGGUACUGGCCUGCUGACUCAGAUCGGGAUCCCGCCCCAUUCAAUCCCGCCCGACUCUCGGCAGAUUGCCACGUUUUUCUUCGAGUGUCGCGGGAAAGAAUAAUACGAAACCCGUUCGUCCUGGGCAGCAUCGAUGACGCGUAUGGACCAAUGAGAGCCAUCCUCAUUAGCAAUAGAUUAAGCCAGUUGCGGAUCCCCCUUAGUCGGCCCGAGAAAACGCAAGCUAGUACCAAGUUCAUAUUAGACUUUUUCACGGAUGGUAGUACUCCUAAGACCAUACACUUACUUCCCUCUAGGCCCGUGGCCACCGGCAAAAAUCCCUACCUUGUAUUCAAAUUCAAUACUCGCACGUCUCAGUUGACAUUCAACAGGCCUCAUGUUGUUCAUCUGGACAUUAUCACUGUCAGUGGCACCAAUACGAAAGAAAAAGUCAUGACAUGGGACAGUUAA